UCUUUAACGUUCUAUACCUUUGUCCUCUAAGAUCAUGUCGUUGAGGACUUUCAUCAAACACCUUCCGAGCAAUCCUCUACUGGUACGCUUCUCAUCCCUGCACUCUCUCCCCUAUCUUUCUGCACACCCACAUCAUCAAAAUCAUCAUCUUUCACAACCCCAACAAAAUCAGCAAGACCCAUAUGCACUAAUGAAAGAAGACCCAAUUCAAAUUUGCUCAGAAAUCUGGGUAAAAUCCUUCUCAACUCCAAAAUCAAAGCUUUUCUCUAAUCUUACAGGCUUUCUUUCUAAAUUUGAUAUCUGGGUUUUAGCAUACCAACGUUCUGUUGCGCAUUUCACUGGUUCAUUUCCUACCUCAAGCGCCAUUCACUCGCAGACAUUGCAUCAUCUUGUAUCGCUUCGUAAUGCUGUUGUUAAAGGUCAGUUUCAAUGGAAUAUGAAAACUGAAUUGUAUAUUCGUAGUCCAAUUGAAAAACCCAUUACUGAAUUUACCUCUAAAACAACUUUGAAGAAGCUGUUGGGUUCUAGUAACCCACCGUUUCAAGACCGUGUUGUUCAGGAGGCAUUGUUGUUGAUUCUUGAACCUGUAUUUGAGUCUAGAUUUUCGUCAAAAUCACACGGUUUUCGUCUCGGGCGAAAUGCUCACACUGUAAUUAGGACUAUUAGGAGUAAUUUUGCUGGGUAUCUUUGGUAUUUGACAGGUGAUUUGAGUGAGGUUUUAGAGAAUGUUGAUAAGGGUUUAGUGAUGAACUGUGUGGAGGAAGUUGUGAAGGAUAAAAGGGUGUUAGGUUUGAUUAAUUCUUCCUUUAGAGGGACUUCAAAACGUUGUUUCGGGGUUGAUGAUGGCCGGAAGUGGAAGAGAGGGGCGGGGAAGAGGAAGAAAAAGAGUGAUGAAAAACGUAGGAAGGUUUUGAAUCCGAAUGAGCCAAAACCGGAUCCUUAUUGGCUUAGAACAUUCUAUAAUUUUGCACCAGAGGAGGCAGCUAAGGUGCCUAAUUAUGGGCAUUGUGGAAUUCUUAGUCCUUUGCUUGCCAAUGUUUGUUUAAAUGAACUUGAUCAUAUGAUGGAGGAGAAGAUAGUUGAGUUUUUUAGGCCGUCUAUGCUUGACUCGAUAUGGAAGGAUUCAAAGACUGAUAGUUGUCAUAACCCUGCUUGGCCUGAGUUUGUUCCAUCUGGUGGGAAGGAAAAAACAAGAAAAAUGGAUUAUAUACGAUUUGGUGGUCAUUUUUUGAUAGGCAUACGAGGAUCCCGGGAGGAUGCUGUGAAGAUAAGGGAGGAGUUGAUUGACUUCUGCAGUAGCAAACUAGGGAUAAUGUUGGACUACUCGAAGGUGGAGAUUGAGCAUGUAAGUAGGGGAAUUUUGUUUCUAGACCAUGUCAUUUGCCAUCGUGUAGUAUACCCAACAUUGCAUUACACAGGUACAGGUGGUAAAACUGUUAGUAAAAAGUGUGUAGGAACAUUGCUUUCAGUUACUGCUAGCUUGCCACAAUGUAUUCGCCGAUUCAGGCGCCUUAACCUGUUGAAGGGUGAGAAGGAUCCAGAGCCAUUGCCCUGUACUCCGAUGCUUUAUUCCAGCCAAGCUCAUACAAAUUCUCAGAUGAAUAAGUUCCUUGAAACCAUGGCUGAUUGGUAUAGAUAUGCUGACAACCGUAAAAAGGUUGUUGGCUUUUGUGCUUAUGUGAUCCGCAACUCUUUAGCCAAGCUAUAUGCUGCCAGGUAUAAGCUCAAAUCUCGUGCCAAGGUAUACAAGAUAGCUUCCCGAAGCCUCAGUCAUCCUUUAAGAGGCAAAGGAAACAAUGUGGCAUCUGAGUACUCAGAUCUUCUGAAGUUGGGUCUUGUUGAUGCCAUUGAAGGUGUGCAGUUUUCUCACAUGUCUUUGAUCCCCAACUGUGAUUAUACUCCAUUCCCUCGUGUUUGGGUGCCUGAGCAUGAACAAAUGUUGCUUGAAUACAUCAAAUUACAAGAUCCUAAAUUCUUUUCUGAACUACUUAAGUCAAUCAAGACUCAAGGUCUAAGUCUACCCCAAAAUGAGAUAUCUGAAAUUGUUUGGGACUUUAAGACUCUUGGUGCACGUCGGUUUGACAUCGCAUCAGAAAAGCAUCCUUAAGGGUAGAAAUGGUCUAUUGGCAAUAUGGAAUCAAUUUGUGUGUUCCCUUUAUGUUUGUACUACCACACUUGUAAACUUAAAGCAUGUGCAUAUUAGUAUAAUUAUAGAAGGGGAGGCUACAAAUACGAAGGUUGCUGAAACAGUUUUGGGUUACGAUUGAGUGAAGCAAUACACCUGUUCUUAAUAACACGGUAUGUGUUGUCAAUGUAGUUAUUUUCACCAAUCAAACAGCUAUGAGAACGUGGAUUUCUGAGAGAUAUUAAUGUUAGAGCUGGUGAAGGAUGCUUGGUGUUCCAAUGUUGGGACUAAGAUCUAAUUCAAUAUUACUCUUAACUAUCAGAUUCAGUGCAGCAGCUCCUAUCUGGAUUCUAUGAAAGUGUGAGCUCAAAGUGGUAUGGCCAUGACAGAAGUCGCAAACACUGGAAGUGGUGUUCUUCCUAAUCAAACUAUCUACAUCAACAAUCUCAAUGAAAGAAUCAAACUCAAUGAGUUGAAAAAGUUGCUAUAUGAAGAGUUUUCUCAAUUUGGGAAGAUAAUCGAGGCUUAGCAUCCAAGUUUAUGAACACCGUGAUUUGAACCAAUUACAUUUCCUACCAGGGCUUGAUAGCUAGUUGGUAUUUGCCAUAGGGCCUAAAGCUUAAAGCACGGACACAUGUUCUCUGUUUUCUGCUUUAGCAUCAGCUUAACUGAUUUGAAUGGUAACCUAUGUUAUAGGUAGCAGCAAUUCCAUCAUUCAAGUUUCAACAUACCAAUCUGAAUUGCUUGUCCAGUUUGUCCAUCACCACCCUUGAUUCCUACUUUUUGGCUUGUAGGAUUCUUCCACGCUAUCUUCUAAAUUCGUGAAAAGCUUAAUCUGUUAAAAAAAUUUAGCUUUACACAUAGCAAUUCCAUCAUUCAAGUUUCGAAUUUUAUAAUGUGGGUUGCUUAGCCUAAUGGAUUGAUUAUGUAUGUACUUGCUAGCAUUGACCAAUAAAAAAUUUGCUUACACAGGUUACGUUUUUGGAGCUGUAUGUUUUUCAUAUUGUCUACUGGUAGUAGCCUGCAUGUCAAAUGGGAAGUGGCACAAUUAAUUGGGGCAUAUACAUGAUAAUGGUUUGUGGCUGAGAGACUAUGAAGUGCUAAGAGAUUUUAAAUUGAUCGUGAUAAUUUUCACCUUUUAAAAUGUAAUUAACAUCGUUGUUUAAUGUCAAAAACCUCUUCUCUUUUCAACGCUUGAGAUUUAUUGCUCCGAGCUCCAAUUAUAAAGACAUUUGGACAAAGAAAUGAAGAAUAGCCUAAUCCAUUGUUCUUGUCAGUCUCUAUUGCUCAUCCAGACAUCAUAAUAUCAUUACUUUGUUUGGUGUCCAUUUUCGCAGGAAGUUAUACUUGUAGACGAUCUUUUGGAUCAUAAUUCUCAUCCAUUUUACUUUGUCUGUUAGACAGUGUUGAGAUUUAUCUGCUACACCAAGAUACAGGUCAUCUGGCACAAUUGUUGGGGUGGGCGGAACAUCCUAAUGCAUACCUUAAAAGGUUUUCAGCCUUGUAUCAGUGUUUUUGCUGGGGAGCAACUGUAAGCUAUGGCAGCUAGGGAUGAGAGUAUGGUAUAUUGCUGGCUUUAUUCUGAUGUGGCAGUUGGUAGUUUUGUCUGUCGUAUUUUCGCUAUACCAUUAAAGUUUGUUGCUGCAUUAGCUUGUUCAUUUGUGUAUCCAUAUAUGGCUAGGUUCAUAAAAAAUAGGAAUAAUGUAGUUUAUAACUUUAUUAAAGCUAUAUUAUUAAAAAAAAUUAUAAUCUCAAAUGUUGCGCUUCAAUUGCUCACAAAUGCUCCAGCUUUUGGCAUGAACUGCAGCAUAUAUGGGCUAUUAGGCUAUGGUUUUUGGUUUGAACUGCAUCAAUUAAGCUAUCAAAUGCUCAGGUUUAACCGUUUAAACUAUAACGAUUGUGAAAGUCCCAAAAUGCUGCCCCGGCUAGUGAUGCGGUCUUAAGUUGCAGCACAAACCAAAUAUUUUGGGAGAAUUUUUUUUGAGAUGGGGUGGUCAGUUGCAAUCUGUGUUAAUUUCGCUGUUUUGUAUUGAUGUAAAGCAUAAUUACUACUUCGUAUGCAAUUAUCUUCCAUUGGUGAUUGUUAGCAGAUCAUAUAACUGUAUUGAUGUAAAGCAUAAUUAUAAUGCAAUUAUCUUCCACAGGUGAUUCUUAGCAGAGCAUAA